GACACAUUAGCGAUACGUUAUACCGAAAAUGUACCGGACAUUGAACCACCGAUGGAACAUAUCAGCGUUAGGAAACAGCGUCCACCACAUCCACUGUCUUUGUAUGAUUGUUUACAGGCAUUUAGUCAAAGUGAAAUGUUAGAUGAACACAAUCCAUGGUUUUGUCCAAAGUGUGAACGGAAUCAGUGUGCUACUAAGACAUUGACUGUUCAUCGCUAUCCUAAGUACCUCAUAGUCUAUCUUAAGAGAUUCGUAUUUCAUGAGUGCGUUAGCAUGAAAUUGGAUGAUAAAGUAACAUUUCCUUUAGCCGGACUGAGUCUAGGCAAGCAUAUGUACGAUCUGUAUGCUUGCGUCUGUCAUUACGGAGGUGUUUCUGCUGGGCAUUAUACGGCAUACGCGAAGAAUCCUCACACAGACGUGUGGUAUCACUACAAUGAUGAACUGACGAGUAAACAGAAGCCACAGGAAGAAGAUUUUAGUAAUGCAUAUAUUUUAUUCUACAGCCGACGAGAAACAGCCUCAAAGCCAUGUAAUUUAUAAAUUAAUGGAAAAACUCAAUGGCAACGAAGAGAAAUUUUAAGUCAGAAAUUUUUCGUAUAAAUUAAUGUGUUUAAUUGUGUAAAAAUAAUUAGGCGUUGGUUCAGGCUAAAAUAUUAGGAUAAUUUUUUCAAUUAUUAUUAUUAUCAUUAUAAAUGUUGAUAAUAUUUUCACUGAUUGUUAUGGAGAUUUUAUUUUUUUUUUUCUUCAUACAAAACUCAAGUCUCAGUGAUUAGUUAAAUAAAAAUAUUUAAAUAAAAGGAAAAAAAAAAAAA